AACCAUCAUGGCGGAUGGUCACACCAACAACAGUCAUGUCCAUGUUUUAUUUUCAUUUUCUCUGUUUUCGAGGCCGUCCUCUGUACCCGUCGGAUAUGGAUAUGAAUUGCUUAUUCAAAAGUUUUUGUCAUUAUAUGGACCUCAGAUCGACGUCCACAGUAAAUUUAUAAUUCAACUGUAUUCAGACGAAUGGGCACAGUACAUUGAUUUGCCGACAGGAUUUGGGGUGACUGAGAAAUGCAAACUUCGCCUAGUGCCUCUCCAAACAGAGGUGACAAUGUUGGGCAACCUAUCCCCUGGCACCACAGCAUUCUUUUGCUGCGACAUGCAAGAAAGAUUCCGUCCAGCAAUCAAGUACUUUGGUGACAUCAUCAGUGUGGGACAGAGGCUGCUCCAGGGAGCCCGGAUCCUGGGCAUCCCUAUUAUUGUGUCAGAGCAGUACCCUAAAGGUCUGGGUAGCACGGUACAGGAGCUGGACCUGACUGGUGCCAGGCUGGUCUUUCCCAAGACCAAGUUCUCCAUGGUGCUUCCGGAGGUGGAGGCCACUCUAACUGACCUGCCAGAGGUCCGCAGUGUGGUGCUGUUUGGAGUUGAGACCCAUGUAUGCAUCCAGCAGACUGCUCUUGACCUGAUAGGACGGGGCUAUGAGGUUCAUAUUGUGGCUGACUCCACCUCUUCUCGCAGUAUGAUGGACAGAAUGUUUGCCAUGGAGAGAAUGGCGCGGACCGGCAUCAUCAUCACUACGAGCGAAUCAGUUCUGCUGCAGCUGGUUGCUGACAAGGAACACCCCAAAUUCAAGGAGGUACAGAAUAUCAUCAAAGCCACUGCCCCUGAAUCUGGACUGCUCUCCAAGGUAUAGAUGUUCAUUAUACAUCCAAAGGCCAUAUUGGUUUCUGCAGACAUUUAUUUCUCACACCAGGGUCUGGAAUCCAUGGUUAGAUUAUUAUUAAAUAAUAUUGACCUAAAUGUUAAGAUUAGGAAUAUGGGGAAAUGUAUAAAUGUUGUUGUUAGGGACAGCUCUACUUAGAGCAAGCACUGAAAUUGGUAUUGUAAUGUUGGGAAAAUCUGACGUAUUUUACUGCAUACACACUGGAAGACUUCUACAAGAACUGAAUUUGCAUGUGGUUCAAUAGUAUUACACUACCAAGGUAAUGCUCUGAGGUUAUGUCUUCUCAGAAAGUGAUUCUAGUGGCGUUUCUGUCGUUUUAAGGGUGUUGGUGUAAAAUAUAAAAUAUAUUAUCCUUCACCCCUUCCUGACAACAGUUGUUGAAACACAUUUGUGGGUAUUGCACUUCAUGUACCAUUGUUAUCGUUCUAUUGCCACCAUAGAUUAAACUAUUUUCAUGAAUCUAAGGCUGUUUAAGAUUUGGGUUAACUUCAAAAAGGUCAUAACCAUGACCUGAUAUUUAGUGUGUCUUAACAUGCUGAUUUAAAGGAUUGAAUGGCAUAGAAUUGAGAAAGUGUAAUGGGUAUUAUUUGUCAUUGGAUUUGUCUGCGUCCUUAUGUAUUCAAGUGUACUGUUUUUGCAUAUUGACAAUUAUACCAACACAUCACCUGCCCAACUAAUUAUGUGAGGUAAAAAAGGGUUAAUAUUAUUUUGCAUUUGUGUGUAUUUUUCUGUGACUCAAAUUAUGUGUGAUAAUGUGUACUUGAGGAUGGCUUUGAUAUUAUGCGUGUGUGUAUACAUGCAUCUGUAAAUGCCUCCCUGUCAACUGAGCUUGUCUCCUGUUAUCAGAAUAUAUCCUGUUAGGAGGACUACAAUAGUAGCAUGUGCCUGUAAAUGAUUACUUCCCAAACGGAUUGUAUAGUAGCUCCUGAAGGUACAAUUUCUUGUAAGAUAGCUGUUGCUCAAUAAAGACUUGUUUUGUACCUGAUUGUAUUAAUAAAUGUUCACAUGCAUUACAUAA